AUGGAAAAUGAUGAUAAAUUAAUUAAUGAUCUAAUUAGUAGAAUUAAUGUACAGAUAAAAUUACAAAAGAAUAUAAAUAGUACAGGAUAUCAAACACAAGAUCAAAUACAACAAGAUCACAUUAGAAAAUUGAAUGAAGAGACAUUGAUAAAUCUCAGUUCAAACAAACUAAAUAUUAUAGCCUCGGGAUUAUCAGAUUCAUUGGAGGGACUUAUCAAACGAAAAGAUAAAGAUGAAACCAACGAACACAACUCAUGGGCACAAUCAUAUAUAUUGAAUCUACUCGCCAAGUGUAUGGCACAUCAAUGGUAUCAUAUUAAAUCACAAUUUAGAAAUGUACAGGGACUAGACGAAAAAGAAGCUAUUAGACUGAAGGAAAAGGAGGAACAGAUAUUACCACCACCACUCGAAGAGAAUCUGGCAAAAUUGAUACUGUUCCAGGCAGUCACUUGUUUGAUGCGUGCUCUCGUCUCCAAUGAGCUCGACACUCAGGUCAACUCGGGAAAGGUCAUCUUUCAAUUGUCCGCUACCAACUACGAGACGGUAAGCGCAAAGAUCGGUGAGAUCUUGCACGUCAUUGUCAAUGGCAAGGGCGAGGCAGACGAGGCGUUCACCAAUCAAUUCUUCCUGAUCGAGCAUCUCAACUUGAACUCGAAGCGACUCUCAGAGCUGCUUGACAAGAUCACCAAGUCGGCGACACACUUUAAGAAGGAGCGUCAUCAGUUCAUUCUGAGUCAAGUGCUGCGCAAGGCCGUUUGGAAUUGGAUCGACAACUACCCAAUGGAGUUUGUCACACUCUGCAAGAUGUGUGAACGUCUGCCCGGACAGCCUGACGUCCUCUUUGACGUCCUCGACGGCUGGGCCAAGAAGACCGCCCACAAAAACAGCUUUUGGCCGCUGCAAACCAUGCUGUUGAUCCUAUGUCCCGAUAUCAUGUUGGCGAUUCACAAGAAUGAGAAAUCCGCUGACACCGCCAAGAAAGAGUCGUUCCUCGACUCACUCAAAAAGUCGUUGAAAGUCCCGAAGCUUGCCGAUGUCGCAGCGAUUUGUUAUGUCGACAUUUGCAAAGCGUCGACAUUCGUUUCAAAGUCGGAGAUGUCCGCUCUCCGUUAUAUUGUGCCGGGCAUCGAGACCGAGCUGAAGGAGCGACUCUUCAAUGUGGCACGCACACCUGAUGGUCCCAACGACAUUGAAUUAAUGACCGACUGUCUCGUUUCAUUCUUUAAGAUAUCACCAAGAAAAGUACUGACUCUGAUACCAGAGAACCUCGCCGAUACGCCACCACACUUCAAGAUGGUCCUAGUCAAAUCGCUGCUGCGGAUCGCACAGGAAGACAGCGCCAACACACUGCCAUGGAGUCCGUCCAUUGGUGAUGCAUACGCACUCGUCUCUGUCCAACUCAAACAGCUUUUCAACGACAAUCUUCAAUCGAUUCGUUCAUACAAUUCUCUAAAGAAUGCAAGCGACAAGAAAUCAAAAGCACAAUUUGAAAAAGUUCAAUUCGACACACAAGUCAUGUCACUAUUAAUCCAACUUUUUUUGGCAGAUCCAAAUCUUUCACUUUAUACAUCGAAACCAAUGGCACAAAAUUUAGAAGAUAUUAGAAUGAUUAUUACAGGAUUAUGUUAUUGUUCUUCACAGUUUCAGUUGCCAGAGAUAUCGGAUGUGGCUGCAGAGACACUUUUAAAGUUCCACAAUCCAAUUUAUAUUGAUAGUUGGUACGAGAAGAAGAUGAUUAAUGGAUUUUGGGAGAUAAGUUCUGCUGUCAAUGUUUCGUUGGCCAAUGCGUUGAUCGAACAAAAGGAAACGAAAGCCGGUCAAGUUCAAAAGUUGAUAACUCUGCUGGAGGAGAUAUUGAUUCGUCGUAAUGCUUUCUUGGAUAAAUCAAAGGAUACACUCCGUCCUGAAGCAUCGGUAAGAGACGUCCGUCUGCAUGGUAGCACCAAGCUUGAGGUGGCGCUGCUCAUUCACUUGUGCUCGCCAGAGCCAGACAUCUGCAGUAAGUGCGCCACUUGUUUUGGACUGCUAUGCGAGGAGAUCGAAAUUCUUGGUGACACAUCCGAUGAGGCAAACAGCAUCGUUACCAACUACACCAUCUACAAGAAGCUUUCGACAGCAGGUAUUCUUCAGACCGGUCGACAACAUCAACAAAAGGUGAUUCGUUCACUGCUCCGAAGAAUCGAAGCACAGACACCGGGUAAUUUCGCUGCUUGGGAAGAGGUUUACCAACGUUGGCAAGCACUGACACCACUGCUCGUGCAGUUUGAAGACAUCGAGAAGAACAAGAAGCCAAACUCUGUGGUGUUCAACAAUAGCAGCAGUGGAAAGACAGGACUGUCUGCUACCGACCAGAAAACAGCAGCGGAAAUCAAGCAGGAAUGGCAUAAUUCAUUGGGAUUCCUUUGUAGUAUGUCUGGUGUCACUUUGAAUAAAGAGACUACUGUGCGUGUUACCAACGAUAAGCUGAGAGUACAAAAGAAGAUGGAGCGAACCAUCAAAGUAAUUGCCAGUUUCCUCGACGAAGUCGCAGAGAUGAUGGUACACGAGAGUGCAUUCAUGCGUGAGAGUGCAGUGCUGCUGGUAGGAACUGGAUUGUCGCCUGCUGCUUACGCCUGGUUGUUCCGUGUGCUGCAAGACGAGUUGCAAUCGUACUUUGGUGACGCCGGACAACUUCUCGAUAUGUCGGAGCGAUGCACUCUGUUUGUUGAGCAAACGAUCAGUGUUGUCAAGCAUGUCCUCGAUAUAUCACAGGAAGCAGAGGAUCUCUCCAUCAUCACAAGCUUUGAGAACCUGAUGCUUCUCAUCAUCAAGUAUAUCAAUCACUUGGUCACCAACACCAGCAUGCGUAUCAAGAAGAAUUUCUGUGCGUUGCUCGAUGUAAUGAUGUUGAAACGUCACUACAUCUCCUUCUCCAAGGAAAUGGAAUUCAGAAACAGUUUGUUGGAGAAUAUCGUUGAGUGGACAUCCGACUUUGCUAUAACACCGCUGUCCAACACUGCCGAUGUUCUCAGUCGUAUGGACAGCCAGGGAUCCGAUCAAUCCAAGACUGAUCAAACUAAAAAGUUGAUAAAAGAAGUCGACAUUGCUUGUAUCACUACUAUUGCGUCGUUGUUGCGUGGAUUGGAACUACCGACAACCGAUGCCGGUGUAAAUAUGUUUAAGAAAUACUUUACAUUCUUCACUACGCUGCUUACACGUUGCAAGCAGGAUGCCGCUGAGGGAUCUACUGCGCUGGCCGACGGUGCCAUUAAGAGUUUGAGUAAUAUGCUCAGUGCCAACAUUCACUACGAGUACUUUGUUAUGAUGGGUUACCACGAAGAUCACGAGACACGUGCCGCUUUCCUCAGAGUCAUUGCCAACAUCUUGAAUCAAGGAACUGGAUUCGAUCCGGUCGCCGACGAACCAGAAGAGAAAUACGAGAAGUUUGUAGACAUGUUGUUGGAACCAGAGUUUUGUGCAUUGUUGGCAUUCAUCGAGGUGAUUCCCAUCACAGACUGCGAUGAACUCGCACCAAUUCUAGUGAAUUUCCUUGAGCACAACGACAGAACCAUGAUGGUACUGAAAAAGGUGAUCCACCAAGAGGUAGUAAAUACUGAAUCGGCCAACAGUUUGUUGCGUCGUAAUUCAAUGGCUACAAAGAUGCUCGGUGCAUUCACCAAACAUAUUGGUCGUCCCUAUUUGAAACUAGCGCUGUAUCCAGUCAUCAAUCAAUUGAUCAAUCAAAAGGAAUCAAUGGAGAUUGAUCCAUCAAGAUUGGCACCAAACGAAGAUGCCGCAGUCAAUGCAAAUCGUUUGAUUUCACUUACCAAACAAUUCCUCACUGCUAUUCAAGAGAGUUUGCCACACCUCCCGAUUGCACUCCGUGAAAUCUCUGCUCAUAUCUCCAAAGUGGUCGCAGAAGCAUUCCCAGGAAAUGAAAAGAUGGCGAUUGGUGCCAUCGGUGGUAUUAUGUUCCUUCGUUUCAUUUGUCCAGCAAUAUUGAACCCCGAUUUCUACGGUAUUGUUUCAGCGGGUGUUCUGACAGCUGAAACUCGUCGUGCUCUCACUCUAUGUGUCAAGUUGCUACAGAAUAUGGCAAAUGGACAACUGGGAGUACGUGAAUCGUUUAUGUCUGCUUGUAAUGCAUUUGUCGCCGAGAACAUGAAGACAAUGGAAGAGUUGCUCGAGUCGUUUGCUGUUAUUUCGCCAGAUUUGCCAGCUGCUUCAAAGUCGGCUGUCAACGACCAAUGGACUUGGGAGGCGCGUGAGGAAGACACCAUUAUCAUGCAUCGUCACAUGGUUCACAAUCUCGAGAAGAUAACCAACAUGCUAUCGGGUCCACCCAUCAACCAAAAGGCAGUUGCCGAUCACCUCACUCAGGUUCUUCAGAGACUAGGACCACCGCCUGCUCUCGAGAGAAAGAAGAACACACCUGGAACUCGUAGCGCUGCGAUCGGUGCAGGAAUUGGUGCUGCUGCCAAGAGUGGAAAUCACUACGAAGACUUUAUGAGACGUCAUGAGUCGACCAACAUUGAACAUCUCAAACAAAAGAAGAUAUUCUACAAGCAAGGUGUUACCAAAGACAAACUCCCGGUAUUCUAUUACAUUGCGCGUCGUUAUGAAGCUAGUUUCGACAUGGAGCAGCUUCUCUAUUUGAUUCUCAAGACCUGUAAGGACAGUAUGCGUACUCCCUUCUCAAUGGUCAUCGAUUGUACUCUUAUCACUGGUGAGCACAACAUCCCAAUGUCAUGGUGUUCCACAUGGAUGCGUCAUUUCCCACAGCAACUCACUGACAAUUUGAAAACCAUCUACAUUGUCUCACCAAAUCAUAUAUUGAAGAAGUUUAUGAAGCGUGUAUCCAAGUUAAUUGGUCGUGCCGCCAAGAAGGUUGUGUUUAUCUCGAAUCCAGUUCGACUCUUUGAGCAUGUGGUGGAAGCGGAACAUGGAUUGCCUGCCACCACACUGGCAAUGGAGACCGAUGUCAAGUCCACCUUCUCACCGGUGAUCAAAUUCUCUGGACAAUAUCAUGAGAAGAACAUCACAUUGAGAGUCACCAACGAUACCAUUCAAAUGAUUUCCUUGAAGCUCUAUCCUAUCCUCGGUAAACCAACACCGUUGAUUGACAUCUACCAUAUCGUUUCCAUACAUGAAAUCGAUAUCAACAAUGUCAAUGACGACGACCAAGAAUUCUAUAUUAAAUACGAGAGUAACGGACCGAAAUCGAUGACAUUCCGCAGUCCACAGCGUGCGCAGAUCAUUCAAGCCGUCGUACAGUGUAUUGCCCGUUGGAAACUAUCGAAACCCGAGAACAAGGUAUCGAAUCGUGUAUUCCGUCCACAAGACAUUCCGGGUACUCUAUUGAAUGUUGCACUACUUAACUUGGGAUCGACUCGUAAUGCGCUGAGAGUUGCCGCCUACAAUAUGUUGAGUGCACUCUGUAGAAAUUCCAACUUCUCCAUCAACAUGCAAAUGCUUGAAACCAAUGGACUUUGUAUUCCAAAGAAUAUCAGUCAGUUUAUCAUUCGUAUCUCUGAGAAACUCUCAAAGACUCAAACUCCACUCACAUUAGAAUUCCUUCAGGAAUCGCUUCAUGGAUUCACAAAGGCAUCUGCCAUUGCCAAGCAUCUCGUUCUCGAUUAUAUCGAGCCGUGGAUACCCAAUCUUGCAUUGUUCUCUCAACGUCCUAGCUCUGAACACUCUGAACGUUACAAAAAGACAAUCAAUGUAAUCAAUCAAUUGAUUGAUCUCUCCAUUAAAGAGGUUUCAAUGAAGUCGGUUAUUCUGGCAAAGAUCUGGACAACGUUUGGUCGUCAAAAGGAAUCGUUGAUUCUGCUUGUACUCAAGUGUUUGGUGCGAAAAUGUCAAGACUCUGGUUUUGGACAUCCAAAUUCUGAGGCAAUCUGCGAGAUGGUAUCGUCAAUGGGAAGCGUUGCAUCACAGUUGGUAUCUGGCAAGUUGAUCUCGCGUGUCAUUCGUAUAUUGGAGCGAACCUCAGAACCUCCACACGUCUCUGAACUGUCGGAGCAUCGUCUCUGGCCAAGAUUGAUUGUGUAUCUCCGUCUGUUGCUACAUCUAUCGUUUGACAAUUCGAUUUGUGCACACCUAUAUCUCUCUGAUAUCCUCCAUAUCAUCUGUACACUCUUCUCUGUGGGUAAUAUCUAUGUUCGUAUCAGUGUGCAUGCACUUCUCAUCAACACAAUCCACUCGCUCUACACCUAUUUCGUUCCAACCUGUAGCAAGCUAUCGACAGUGCCAUUCCUACUGACAGAGUUUGGACAACCAUCGCUUCGUCUGCUCUUUGGUAUCAACAAUAGCAAUAUCUCUGCUGCCGAUUCACCACCUGCCAACGACAACACAAAGGAUCUCGAGCGUAUGUCCAUUACAAACGUCGAUCCCGUUGUCAAUGCAAUCUUUGGACUGUUGAAUGUGUUCAAGGACAACAUUGAUCAAGCCAAAGUAUGGCAUUCUCGUUGGCUGUCAUUGACAACUCUCGCUGCACUACGUCCAAAUCCACCUCUUCAAAGUCGUGCACUUAUCACACUCGGUAUUAUUGCACGUCAAUCUCAGCAGCCAGUCAAGGAUGAGAUGAUUUUCGAUAUCCUCUGUGUGUUGCGUGUCGCCGCCAGCUCUCCACGUGCACUUCAAGAUUACGCAGACAUUAUCGUCGGAGCACUUCAAUGUCUCACUCGUCUCUUUGAGUAUCUAUCACCAACCAGUGUCUUUAUUCCAUCGCUAUUCUGGAUUGCCACAACUUUUGUCCAACUUUAUGACAGUCGUGUAUUCCCAGCUGCAAUUGCCCUGUUGGAAACUAUUCUCAAGACAAUGGAUCGUCGUGAUCUCUUCACCGACAGCGUUAGUAACACAAUGAUGUUGGCACGUGAGCCACAUGCAGCCAUCAUCUCGAAACUCGAUAAUAUCACUGGAAUCAGUUUUGAGAGUAAUUUCGGAUUUGCCAUAACUUCUCAUCUCCUCAAAGGUCUAAAGUAUGCAUCGACAAAGACUGCCACCUCACGUCUACUCUCGACAUUCCUCAAUAUCUCAACGAAAAAGAGUAGCGGUGCAUCGAUCCUCGCUUAUCUAGGUGCAUUGCUCACCACCGAAGGUGAAGUGGCAAACAUCGAUCAAAUCACUCUUUUGGCAGGUGAAUCCAGCCGAACUGCACCCACCCAAUUACUAUUCAAUGAACAUAUGAUUCCAGAUGCCGACCAUGCCGCUCUGCUAUUCACUUUGUUGGUGACAAUUCUUUCGCACAGCGAUCGUGAACACGAACAACUGUUCAUCUACGAAGCAUUGAAAGAGGGUAUCCAAUUCAUGCCCGAGUCAUUCCCAGUGAUGUAUCGUACUCUGAUUCCAAAGAUCUCCACUGUCAUCUCAUCGUCGCAAAUCGAAAAGAUGAUUCAAGCCUGUCUAUCGAUCAUGGUACAUAUGUUCUCCUUCCAAAUGGAAUCGCCAACCAACACCAAUAAACUUUCGUUGGCUCACCUCAAGAAGAUAAGAUUCCAAGGUAUGCCAGAUUGUGGUGCUGGAUUCUAUCGUCAGUCCACCGUUAUCAAUGAAUCGAUACUAAAAGCAUGCUCUGAGCUACUCGAUUCCAUGUGCAAACAAAUCGAAACAGAGAACGGCAAGGAUGACCAUCACGAAGAUGAUUCAGAAGAGGAAGUACAUGAAGAAUCAAUCGAUGAAGACCUUGAUGAUUUCUCUGACACUGUUGAAUGA